CUCUACUAUCAUGUAUUCAACCAUCCUACAGUUUUGGUUUAUGUCAUACCACCAUGGUACGCUUUUCAAACCAUAGGUAUGCUCUUAUUUCAAUACCAGUCAAUACCAUAUGGUAUAGACUGGUAAAAAAUGGCUCAAUUUUUUUUGUUCGAAAAAUAUAUCAAAGUGGAUAUCAUUUUGAAGAGCACAAUUAAUCUGAUCUAAUUAUACAAAAAAAAUUAAAUUUUGACUUAAAACGAGUGAGAAAUCGUCCAUCAAAGAUUAAUGAGAAGAAAUUUAAAGACUUUCCAAGAGAGAGAUGAUGCUGAUGUCAUGCUGAUUUGGACGGGUUACUCAUGGUUACUCACCAUAAGGUUACUGACCUGAUCCAUUUAUAUUCGAAUCGACGCUGAGAAAGUUCCGGAGACAUAUACUAGAAAAUAUCAAAAGAAGACGGUCACGGGUCAUCCCACCAAAAGAAAAGAUAAAGAAAACAAGACAACGGUAGCAACGAAGUUGCCUGCGCAGCGGCUGGGUUUUGAUCUCUCCGGCGCUGUUCGAUUCAAAUCCAAUUAAAGUCCAAUCUCCCGGAAUCAGCUUAUCCAGCCAGCAGUCUCUUUUCCAGUUCCCCCUUUCAUUUCCUCUAGGUCAGUAGUAUCUCUUUCGUUUUGUUGCCCUCGCUCUUCGACCCAAGGAAGCAUCAAUUUUGCCAAAUCACCCAUUUAAAUUUUCCAACAGAGAGUGAUGGGGGUUGUGGUUGCCGGGAGUUGCGCUGUUCCGCUCCUGGUGUUGAAGAAGAAGAAGACGAGCCCGGCAGCGCUGCCACCACAGAGGAGGCCAUGUCUGGGCUAUUAUAAUCAUGGAAGCUGUAGAAACCUGGAGAUGGGGGUGUUGGUGGGUUUGGGUAAGAGAGGUCGUAGGCUUAGGAUUGGAGCCUCUUCUCUCUUCUGCAACCCCACUGAUGAUCCUAUCAUUAAGGAAGUUCUCAAGGAGCCGGUUGCUUUCUUGGGAGGAAUGUUUGCAGGGCUGCUGAGGCUCGAUCUCAACGAAGAGCCACUCAAGGAAUGGGUAACGAGAACGGUGGAAGCGUCUGGUAUCAAGGAAGAAGCAGAUGUUGAAGGUGAGGGAGAAGAAGCGUACGACGAUCAAUCCCCUCAGCAGAUCAUGAUUGAAUGAACGACUGCCACUUCGAUUCUUCGCGAUGCAAAGUCUCGUGCAUAUGGGAAACGAAUCGGCUGGCUAUCUUCUUUGUUUCUGUGUCGUGUCUGUGUAUCUGACAAUGAGUGGAUCGUGGGAUUCCAGUUUGAUCUCAGAAACCUGCAAUUGUGGGAUGGAGCUUAAUGACAUUCAAGUUCCUGAUACAAGCAUGCUCUAUCUUUUGAUCAAAUAAUGACAUGUCCACGCAACUUCAGUUCACCAUUCGAAGAUCUAAUUGGAGGUGGAAUGAGCAGAACCUGGUUGCUGAAGAAAGAAUGAGCCGUAAACCAUGGUCGAGCUUCUAUUGCCAAGAAGGAAAAUGAACCUAACUUAAACGAAGUCACUUAGAAUUGCCAUUCGCCAGCUAAAAUGAAUAGCUCCAAUGUAU